CUGAUAUAUAUAUUCCUCUUCACUCAUCUAACGUUCCCUUCGUCGUUUUCAUUCUCAGCCUCUUCUUCCCCCACAACUCCCAAAUCCGACCCUCUUUUCAGAGACGGACCCAUAACUCCAAAGCUCAACAAUGUCGGAAACUUUGGUUCUAAGGGGCACAAUGAGGGCCCACACUGACUGGGUCACGGCCAUCGCCACCCCCAUCGACAACUCCGACAUGAUAGUCACCUCCUCUCGCGACAAGUCCAUUAUCCUCUGGGCUUUGACCAAGGAGGACAAGACUUAUGGCGUCGCACGACGACGUUUAACCGGUCACUCCCACUUCGUACAGGACGUCGUCCUCUCGUCGGACGGCCAGUUUGCUCUCUCCGGCUCAUGGGACGGAGAGCUCCGUCUGUGGGACCUACAGGCAGGGACAACCGCUCGCCGAUUUGUGGGCCACACCAAGGACGUUCUCUCCGUCGCCUUCUCGAUUGAUAACCGUCAGAUCGUCUCCGCAUCCCGUGACCGUUCGAUCAAGCUAUGGAACACGCUCGGAGAGUGCAAGUACACUAUUCAGGAUGGAGAGGCCCAUUCCGAUUGGGUCAGUUGCGUUCGGUUCAGUCCAAAUACGCUAGCUCCGACCAUCGUCUCGGCGUCGUGGGACCGGACUGUGAAGAUCUGGAACUUGACCAACUGUAAGCUCCGGUCAACUCUCGCCGGCCAUGGCGGCUACGUUAACACAGUGGCGGUGUCGCCGGACGGGUCGUUGUGUGCGAGUGGGGGAAAAGAUUCGGUGAUAUUGCUUUGGGAUUUGGCUGAGGGGAAGAAGCUGUACUCAUUGGAUGCUGGGUCUAUAAUUCACGCGCUGUGUUUCAGUCCGAAUAGGUACUGGCUUUGUGCAGCUACGGAGGCUUGUAUUAAGAUUUGGGAUUUGGAGAGUAAGAGUGUGGUAGUGGAUUUGAGGGUGGAUCUUAAGGCUGAGAGUGAUAUGACUCCAGAGGCGACUACCGGCCAAAACAAUACUGCCAAAACUAAGGUCCAUUCAUAUCCUUUUUGGCCCUUCUAUAACUAUACAUGCAACUGUGUGUAUAUGGUGAUGUAUUCACUUGUUUGUAUGCUAGCAUUAUGGUCUUCUGAUGUUUUUGACACUAAUAUGGAGCUUUAG